UUGUCAGACAGACAAAGCGGAGAGGCAAAUAAUUCGCCUCUGAUUAGAAAUCCUUGGAAAAGGGUCGGACGGGGCACUGUUAUCACACCGCUGUGUCGCGGCUGCAGCCAAACCACACAAGCGGCUCUCUGCUCCGGUUCCGAAGUUAGAUGGUGAAGCGGACGAUCUGAAGCGAGCAGGAUGUCUGAGUUCAGCGAGGAGCCGCGCUUCACCAUCGAGCAGAUAGAUCUGCUGCAGCGGCUGCGCCGCACCGGCAUGACCAAGCAGGAGAUCCUGCACGCGCUGGAAACUCUGGACCGGCUGGACCGGGAGCACGGUGACAAGUUCGGCCGCCGCACCUCUUCCUCCUCCUCCGCCUCCUCUUACGGAGUAGGCGGGGUCAACAGCUGCACCAACAACUCUGCCUCCAACGCCGCCGCCGCCACCACCACGUCAUUCAUCAAUAACAACACUGCCUCGGCAACGACCACCUCUUCCACCGUUUCCUGCAACGGCGAAGGCGGCGCCGGCGAUGGAGCCGCCGCCGCCACCUCUUCCAUGACCUCCAAAAUCUCCACAGCCACGCAGACGCAGUUCAACAGUAGCAGCGGCGGGGUCGGCGGCGGGCUCUCUCCCAGCAACAGCUACGAUACCUCCCCUCCGCCGGGGCCACCGCCGCCCUCCGCCAUCCUGCCGUCGCCCGUGUCGCUGGUGGCGCUGUCGCAGAACGGCCGCGACAGCCUGGCUGCGACCCCCAACGGGAAGCUGUCCCCUCCGCGGUACCCGGUGAACAGCGCGGCGGCGGCACGGGCGUUCGGCUUCGAGGCCACGGAGGAAGAUCUGGACAUCGACGACAAAGUGGAGGAGCUGAUGAGGAGGGACAGCAGUCUGGUGAAAGAGGAGAUCAAAGCCUUCCUGGGGAACAGGAGGAUCUCUCAGGCAGUGGUGGCACAAGUUACCGGCAUCAGCCAGAGCAGGAUCUCCCACUGGCUGCUGCAGCACGGCUCCGACCUGAGCGAGCAGAAGAAGAGAGCCUUCUACCGCUGGUACACGCUGGAGAAAACCACCCCAGGUGCCACGCUCAACAUGCGGCCCGCCCCGCUGCCCCUGGAGGACAUGGAGUGGCGGCAGACCCCGCCCCCGCUCACCACGGCCCCCGGCACCUUCCGCCUGCGCCGGGGAAGCCGCUUCACCUGGAGGAAAGAGUGCCUGGCCGUGAUGGAGAGCUACUUCAACGACAACCAGUAUCCAGACGAGGCCAAGCGGGAGGAGAUCGCAAACGCCUGCAAUGCUGUCAUUCAGAAACCAGGGAAGAAGCUGUCGGACUUGGAGAGAGUCACCUCCCUCAAAGUUUAUAACUGGUUCGCCAAUCGUCGCAAAGAGAUCAAGAGGCGGGCCAACAUUGAAGCCACAAUCCUGGAGAGUCACGGGAUCGACGUGCAGAGCCCGGGCGGACACUCCAACAGCGACGACAUCGACGGGAACGAUUUCUCAGAGCAGGCCUGUGACCUGCCUUAUUUUGACAAGAGACCCCUCAGCCGACCGUUUGGCCUUUACAGACUGGAGCCCACCUCACCCACACAGGACGACAGCGCGGCGCACAGCGAGCACCAGGACCCCAUCUCUCUGGCCGUGGAGAUGGCCGCCGUCAACCACACCAUCCUGGCCCUGUCCCGGACCGGGGGCGUCCCCAACGACAUCAAGACGGAGUCCCUGGAGGACGAAUGAGGCGUGUCGCAGGGAGGGUGCGAGAGCGGAGAGGGGGGGGCCGCAAAAAGAAGAACGACCGCCGUGAAGCUACUUAGUAAACCGGCCUGCAGUGGGCCGGUUCCCUCCUCGUUGCCCCUCCUCCAGCGUCGUCCAUGUAAGCAGUAAAUACCCCCGUUACCCACCUCACCCCUCGCAGCAGGUGAAACAAGCAGCUGUGAUCUGAACAGUUGGACCUUUGUACACUCACAGGAUACCUCCUCCCUCUCCUCCCCUGACCCCCCGGUGGUCCGAGCCGCUCCUCAGUCUAUCUCACCUCAACGUCAACCUCAGAAAAAGUAACGUGUACUGUAUAUAUAUAAUGGAUAUAUAUGGUUCUUAUGGUUCUCAGUCACACUCAGCUCAUGGUGUCCAUCCACCUCCUGACCUUCCUCAAAGUCGCCUCGUCAUUGUGCAAUUCAUCAGGAGAGGGAGACGCUCCGACGGGAACACUCCCCUCUGGAACAGAGCAACGUCCUUCUAGAGACAGACCCCCUGGGGAGCAGUCAUCUCCGAGACAGAGCUGCGUUCCCUCGGGGAACGGUUCUCUUGGAGACAGAGCAGCUUCCCCUUGAGGAACGCUUCUCUUGGGGAACAGGCCCCUCGACAAGAUAGAGCUACGUUCCUUUGGGAACAGAGCCUCGUCCCCUCCUCCACCGACAGACCGAACUGUCACAGUCUCCUCCACGGUCUUCGAUCCUCAUCGGACGGCUUUCUGUUCCUUUUUUUUUUUUUUCUUCUUCUUCUUCUUCUUCUUCUUACCGUCAAGCUGCUACUUUGGAUAAAAACCGAACACCCCUCGAAAGUCUCCGCUGAAAGGAAAGUAGCCUUAAUUUCAGCCGUUUCUUUUCUUUAUUGCAGUUUACGCAGGCUCUCCGGACAACACGCACCUCAGAGAAGUUACUCCGUGCACAACGAAAACCUCACCAUCCCGCCAGAUUGAAGGUUUCUAUCCAACUUCAGCAGCGGUUUGAGUUCCUCCACUUUGCUCUUCCUCCUCGUUUCAGCCUCACGCCAUCGUCUGGCCUUUGUAUUUAUCUCCCCAGUGAUACUGUUAAGUACUGGAGGCUAAGAGGAUCAAUUUAGGGUCAAUGUGCUAGCUAACUUUGUUAGCUAACUUUGUAAGCUAAUCCAAUAAGGGGAAAUGUGCUUUGUUUUAAAUGUCGUCCAUGCCAAAGGAAAAGAUGCUAAGCUAAGACUGAUCUGAAAACGGAGUAAUCCAAAGCGAUUUCUACUCACUCCUUUGGCGUUCGGAAGUCUUUCUUCAUGUUCAGUGAAGCAGCUCGAGCCGUUGGUGGCUCGAUACUACAGCAGGCCUGUGUCAGUACAGCUAGGUAUUAGCAAGCCAGACAUAUAAAGUAAUACCCCGAAGCUAUUUACUACUUCUGUGACGCUGCCUCUUUAUAUUAGCCUAAGUAAUGUGCUUUUGUAAUAUCAGAGAUAUGAAAUCAGACUAAAUCCACACUGGAAAUAGUUAAAAAAUAUCAAGAGCUUUGGAGGCAUUUUUUAAGAAAUGAUAAACUAUAUUAGCCUCAAAGGUAAACUCACCAACCCGGAAGGGAAUCUGGGACGCAACGACACUUGAAGUGGUGAUAUUAGAUAUUAUUUUUCUUUGUGUUUGUGCUCUGAACAAAUCGUCUCCAAAACCAUUUCUGGACCUAUUUUGGCGGGAAAAUUUAAACCGAUUAUUUGCAUUUCUUGAGUAAAUCGCAAUGCUUGAAAUUGAACUCUGAGCGAGAAAAGAAAUUUGAAAGAAAUGUGUGCGUUUUAUGGGAAAACAACCACUUUAUUUGCCAAGAGUUAGAGGGAUAUCUUUUACGACUGUACGCUAAAUAUGACGCUAGAGCUAACAUUCUCACCAAAUAACACUGGAAUGGCUAGGUGCAGAUUUCUUCAGAAGAUACAUUUAUGUAUUUGUUUUUAACGGUGUCCCCACAAGACUGAGUUAAGAUUUUAUACGUCCUAAAGCAACUCUUUGAUACGUUAAAUCUCAAGCUAGCAUUAGCUUAGCAUAUUUAGUCCCAAUAUUAGAAGUGUAUCUGAAGUUAUUCGUGACCUGUGAAGCUAGACGUCAGCUGAGCGCCAAGUCUAAAUCAGAAGUGGGUUAGUUUUUUCAAAAGGAUAAGAAAAAAAAAAUCUUUAAAGUUUAGCUGUUAGUUUUAGCACCAUGUUAAUAGUUUAUGGCUUAUGGGCGCUAGCUUGAGCUUAGCACCAGCGCAUUAUAACUCAUAUAAACGUAAAUGAACGCUUUAAACAUGAGAGUGUGUCACUGGAGGUUUUCUGAGAUUGUUGAACUGCCCCUCGACAGCAGAGCGUCCUUUAGCGUCACAUUUAGCGUACAGCCUUGAGAGCGCCAACGACCGUCAAGCAGGCAAAGUGAAAGAGCACAUUUCCCGAACUCGGCGCGUUCCUUCUAAAGGAACUCCCGCCUCUGCGAUGGUUUUGGAGAGCUGGGAAAGUAUUCUACACGGCGGGAAUCGAACCGAGGCCCGCGACCCCGUCCCGACACUCAAAGUGUUUCCAUCGGGCGGCCGGUCGACGUGUCGCCACCUCCCAGUCUGGGUUUUAGUCUAGUGAAGCUAAUUUAACUGUGUGAAGCUGCGAUCCAGCGAUCCGCUCUGGGACCUGUUUCCAAAAGAAGGGUUGAAAGAUAAACACAAUAUGUAUUUAUACUCAUUUUUUUAUGGUAAUGUACAAAAAAAAA